UGCCUGCCAGCUUACAGUUCAGGCCAUUGGCCCUAACCCUAUCAAGCCCACCCCAAGGCCUGGUGUUUCCAGCUUGUUCUAGAAUUUCAAUGGCUUUAUUGAACAAGCUCUGAGAUGGAGGUAACCCUGAAAGGAAAAGAGCCCAUAAAAAGCUAUUCACGAUGGUUUAUUAUUGGAUAACUGCAGGUAUUUCUCCUAUACAUUAAUACACUUUUGUCUUAAUGUAUUACAGAUGAGAAGUGGUGGCAUUUUUCGAUAAUCUUGUGUUUCAUUCAGGAGAUGCUGUAAAUUUAGUUUUAAUCAUGACGAAAGCAUGAUUAAAUCAGGAACACCCUAAAUCAAUAUAAUCCAGCUUGCAAAGCUCAAGGAUACAGAUAGAGUCCACUCCACAUGUACUUUGCAUUUGAGAGUGUUUGAAAGCUGCUUUCUUUUCUAAAAUAUCUCUCAUUAAUAUUGUAGCCCUGACCAGCAUGAAAGAAUUAAUGAAGAAUUCUUCAAGAGCUCAUCAAAUGUGAAGGAUUUUUUUUAAAAAUGCUAUAACAAAGGAGAGCCUUUACAGUAGAAUAACAAAUCCUCUACAGUGGUACCUCUGGUUACGUACUUAAUUCGUUCUGGAGGUCUGUUCUUAACCUGAAACUGUUCUUAACCUGAGACACCACUUUAGCAAAUGGGGCCUCCCGCUGCCACUGCGGCGCUGCCACAUGAUUUCUGUUCUCAUCCUGAAGCAAAGUUCUUAAUCUGAGGUACUAUUUCUGGGUUAGCAGAGUCUGUAACUUGAAGCGUAUGUAACCUGAAGUGUAACCCGAGGUACCACUGUAUAGUUCUCAAAGCCAACUUCCUCCAGAACUAAUUAAGUGGAACUAAGCCAGAGAAGAUGGUCUGGGCCACUGAAUUUUGCUGUUUUGCAUGAUGCUGUAAGCUUAGGGCACUUCAUUUUUGGUAGACUUACUCUGAAUUUUCACAAGACGAAUUGUAAUCCUUAUUCUUUUGCACCAAUCCUUCCUUUUUUGUUGAGAACCUGCUUUGCCUAAUAAAUUUCCUGUUUGCCUUGAGGGUACAAAAAAACAAAUGUUCUGAGGUUCUGUUUGUUUAAAUUAUGUAUUUUCCUCUUAAUAGAAUUCCUGUUUGGGAACUCCCUAGUGCAUCAGGCUAGAAGAAGAAGAAGGUUCCUUCAGCACAAUUCAACUCAAGGGAAAAGAUGCUCCAUUUAUAGUUGUUGUUUUCCUUUCUUUCCAGGGAGGCAGUCUGUAUUCAGAGUACUUCCUCCAGCACUUUGUAUACAAACUAUUCCCGCAGAGGAGAAACUGCUCUGCUUUUGUGAGCAUCUCUUCAUCUGCUUCCUGUAUGGACAAUCAAAUGAUUGUUGGUUGCACGGAGCUUCUUAUUUGAACUUUGACAGGUUUCUGUCAUCUGAUGUUAUUAUAGCAUGCGAUUGACAGGUGGGCAGGAUCACCAACCUGUCAAAGUUUUCCUGUGAGGGGAAAAGGAUCUGGCCUGCUGGUCACAGAGGCACAAAUGCUCCCUCUCUUAAGAGCUUUCCUUAGUGCAUCUCUCACAUAGGUAAGUGCAGGCGCAGAAGACAGGCCAAGGUGCAGACAAACUAGUACUCUCUCUGCCCCUCCCCUUCAAUAUUUCCAAAGAGCAUUAAAAAAAACCCUUUUAUUUAAAUUGAACAUUUAAACAUGUUGCACUUAUUACAAAGGCAUUUUUAAGGACUUGAACCACAAGUGGCAGUCCUUAUAAUUUAUUAUUAUUAAUUAAUCUCUUUCCCAUCCUUCUUCCCAAAGGAGCCCAAGGAGCCAAACACCAAAGUGGGGAAAAAUACAAUUAAAAAUAAAAUUAAAACAUAUUUUAAGACAUUGAGAAUAUUAAAAAAACCAAACCCAUGUCACAUACCCGGUCACAUACUCUCACAGCUAAUAAUUUCAAGGUUGCCAGGAACCAUGUAUUUCAGCCAUCAAAUGCCUGGAUAAACCUGAAUGAAAGCUAAUAAAGAUGUUAUGCACGUUUCAUGUUGCUCUUCUCCUUGAUGCCUGCAAUUAUUAGUUUAAUAAUAUCUUUCUGCUAUAUUGUUAGCACUAAGAAUAUAAUGAAAGGACAUCACAAGAGCCUUCUUGGAUUCGACCAAAGGCCCAUCAUGCGCAGGGUGUUGUUUCCACAGUGGUCAAAGAGAUGCCUGUGGGAAGCCCACAAGCCACACCUCAGAGCCACAAGGCAAUUCCUGCUUAGGGUCCCCAGUCCAUGGUGCUCAGUCCCCCCUCAGCCAGGUAGCCCAAGGCCAGUCACUGCCUCUGAGCCUGGCCCACCUCACACAGUUGUGGGGGGGAUAAAAGGGGGGUGUGGAGCCCUUUGAGCCCCUUGGAGGAAAUCAGUCAGUCAACAUCAUGACUAGCGACUGUAGAUAGCUUUGUCCUCGAUGAAUUUGUCUAGUCCUCUUUGAAGGCCAUCAAGGCUGGUGGUCACCCCUAAAUCUUAAGUAGUUGAACUAUGAGCUUUGAGAAGCUUUGAGUUGUAUCUGUUACCUGCAUCUGGGUCGUGACGCCCCUUCCUCACCCCUGCAAUUUGGCUGCAAAGGCUUUCUUGAGCAGGGCUGGGUUGAGGGAUUUCACUCUUCAGGAAACGGGCAGCGGAGGAAGGCAAUGUUAUCCUCUAGCAAGGUUGUUGCAGCCUCAGACAUCCAUCAUUCCUUUGCUUCUGGACACAGCGGGAUGUUGGCUCUCCAAGGAGAUGCCAUUUAUAAACACAGCAGUGUUUGUGUGAUCAAUCAUUAGGUGACCAUUUUUGCUGUCUCGAGAGAUGGCCUAGAGUCAUGCACAAAGGGCCAAAGGAGUGUACCUUGCAGCAACACCUCCACUGCCCUGCCUCCUGCCAGGUGGCACAAUGGGUCUGUGCAUCUGGCUGUUAACCAGAGGGUUGGUGGUUUGACCUCCCCAGGGACGGCUUGCAGGGGGUUGGACUAGAUGGCCCUUGGGGUCCCUUCCAAUCAAUUAUUAAUUAAUUGAAAAGCCAGUCAAGGAGGCUGGGCUAGGCAUGCACAAUUUGCAGGUGCUUUAUAGGUUGAAAAGUAACAGCCUUCUCUUAGGCACAUAACCAAUUGCUUUGUUUGUACCCACUCCUCUCAUUCCUUCUUUUUGGCAAGUAUAAGCACAGCCUCCUUUUCAUUUCCUGCUGUUCUCUUGCUGUGCUUGUUGGCCUGGCAAAAAGCAAAGUUAAUUAGAACACCUCCCCAGGCACAAUGGGAACUGCAUUUAGACAGAAAGCAAGAAAACGGAAUGCUGCAGGCUUGUGCCUCCUGCCCUGUUCCUGUAGACAUCGAGAGCCAAGCUCCUUUAACAGAAGAUUGCAGCCCUGUGUGUGUAGCAGCACAGACAUGGCCAGUAGAUUAAAAUACAGCUUCACAUGUUUCUUGGUAAAUAGACUAGAAAUAUUUAGUUCUUUGAGAGUCAUCAAACAGUCCACUUUGCUGUGCCUUGUGCAAGUUCUGUUUAAAAUAGUUUGCAUUUAUUUGUUUUAUUUCAUGUUUUAUUUCAGAGUUAUUGGCUGAUGUUUCCUUUCUGAUUUUUAGAGGGAAGUGGCGGGGAGAGCUCAAAUACAACAUUUAAAUUAUACAACAUUUAUAUUUUUAGUAUAAAAGCCAACAUUUAGGAAAGUAUUAUUUUGGCCAGUAAGAUGACCACUUUAAAUUCCCCAGCCAAUACAUUUAAUUUUUUAAAAAACGAAGCAUUAAUGAUGUUAAGUUGUGGGUGAACAUAUCAGACGACACAGCGAUUCUCCAAACAGCUCUUGUUUAUUCAGAGGCCAGAACAGAACUGAACUGAAGGGUUCAGCCAGCCUGCUUAUAUAGAGCUCCUCUAGAACGCAACAGUAACCAUUUUCUGUAACUAUCCAAUCACUGAACAUCACUUUCGAUCCCUUAUUUGCAUAUGUGGACCUGAGUGAAAACUAUCUACAGUAUCCCCCUGCUGGCCCAGGGUGAGAACUUCAGUACAUAACAAAUGAUAUUUCCCCCCAACAUCCAGUCCUUUCAUACCUUUCAACAUUUUUUUGGCAUGAGUUCUUAUAGGCUAAUCUACUUUGAUUCACUUCCACAUGCUAAAUCACUGAACCUCUCUGCCAAUGUUCUGUGCUUUAUUUUUUAUUCAGAAUUCAUUAUAUACAAAGAAGGAAAAACAAAACAAAAAAGGUUAGCACUUUGAUGUUCAUUCAUUGCAUUCUUUUGAUGACAUAAGUCCCUACCAAAAGAAAUGGAUUAACUCGUACGCAUUCUUAAACCUUGAACUAUGGCUGUAAGGAAUGGAGCAGGGGGUUAAAUGCCAAGUGUAUCACGGCAGAGACUGUUGUGCUUUAAGAAACAGCACAACUGUUUACACCUGCAGGGAGGAAGUGCAGAUCUUACAGUAUGACCCAAAGCAUUGUGGGCAACCUUCCCUCUCCCCUGCCAAGAUGGAUCUCAGCCCUUCUUCCUCCUCCUUUUUCCCAGGAAUCCCUGCUUCCAAACUCCCUUUUCCUGCCCCCCCUCAAACAAACACACCAUCUCCUUGGUAACAUCUCACUCCCCAGGUGAAAAGAUUUCUCUCCUCUAGGCCCUUGCUUGGCCAAGCUGGUUUGCAUCAUCUAGCGCAGGAAUUCCCUGUCUGGCACAGUUCUGCACUUCAAUCCAUAUCCCAAUUAAUCAGAACCCUGGCAUUUAUUAAUUUAGAGGGUUUACACCACGUUACUCCCAGAUAUGUGGGCACAGGAGGGCAGCCUAGGAGGCUUUGGUUUAGUGUUGGCAUUAGGGGAAACAAAGUUCUUGUUCUUUUCACACAACAUAUCUCCACAGCCAGGAGCAGCAAGAGAGAGUUGACUGCCCAUGGGGAUCAUGAAGUUGUCUCUGGGGGCAGGACCAGCAAGGGCUAGACUCUCUCUAAUUUUAUGUUAUGCUUUGCCCACAUGGCAGCCAUUUUGUAACUGGUGCCCACAAUGCACUCUCACAGUUCCAAAUGUGGCCACGAGUCCCAAAAUGUUGGCAGCUCUUGAGUUCCAUGGAAGCACUGAGUGAGCUCACUGGGCAAUUUGGACUGGGAUGACCCCCGCAGGCUUAUCACACUGCACUCUAUUUCUCUGUGUCAUAUGAAUCAAGUGAGGCUGUUCAGGUUCUGGGAUGGUGCUUGUUUAAAAAUGUAGAACUGCUACCUUGAAUCAAGGUUAGGAUCAGUUUGGGGCACAGAAAUUACUUGGUUGCUCUGUAUGAUGACCUCUGACAGAAGAGGGAUGUGUGUGUGUCCGCCCUUGUCAAUCCUCCUUGAUCUGUCAGCAGGUUUCAAUACCACUGACCUUGGUAUCUUGCUGGAAUGGCUGUCCAAGUUGGUGGGCAGCGCCACUUGGCAAUGGUUCCAGUCCUGUUUGGAUUACCAUAUUCAGAGAUGUUGUUUGACCUUGUGAGCCCUCAGCAUAGGAGUCAACUCCUAGGGGCCAUGGGCGCUUUGGCCCCCACAAUAAUAUAUUUGAGGGGGCUGGGCCCCCACAAAGUUGAUGGGCGUUCCAAUUCAAAUAGUGGUGUGUGCAUUGUGUCAUGUGAUUGAUUAUGCAGGGCAGGACUUACCUAGGCCCCCACAAUAUUCUAUUCAAGUUGUCACCCCUGGCCCUCAGUGAGCCACAGGGUUUGAUCCCCCCUUGCCCCCCCGCUGUUUAACAUCUACACGAAACCACACUGGGGUCAUCCAGAGUUUGGGAGUGCAGUGACAGCAAUGUGUAGUUCUGUUUCUCCUUUACAUCUGCAGGGUUUGCCGUGGAUGUGCAAGACUAAUGUCUGACCUCAGUCAUGGACUGGAUGAAAACCAACUGACUGAAGCUUAAUCCAGAUAGAGUGAGACAUUGUUAGUGAGUGGUUCCCUAGAUCAGAUGGGUGCAGAGGUGGACUUUGAUAAUACGGCACCCUGUGCGAGGCUAAAAUUUGGCAUCCCCCAAUGGAUCUUCUCCAUUUUGCAUCCCCUCCAAUCAGCACCCUUGAUGGGGAACCACCUGUACUGCCCUAAAUCUGGUGCUGGGUGGGUGUGGAAGGGGUGCACUGCCUCUUAAGGAGCAGCUGUGUAGCCUAGACCCACUAUUGUCACUUGAGACAAGUAGCCUCAGUGGUGGUCCUGCUAUGCCCCUAUCUGCACAAGGAUAGCCUCACUUCUGUUGUCUAGGCUCUGAAGCUCAAGAUUAGAUUUCGGCAAUGUGUUCUGGAAUAUAAUAAACCUAAAUAAAUAUAUUCUGUGUGACAUUUUGCAUCAGUUAUAUGUAGAGAUAUCAAGAUCAUUCAUAAGUACAGUUAGAGAAAGAAAUGUGAUAAUCAAUGAAAAGAAAUUAAUAGAUGGCCCUGUUGUCAUUGCUAUAGGUCAUGGAACCAAAGGAGUGUUUGAACUUCUGUCAGGAUGGCGCCGGACCAGAGAGAGCCUGCCGUUCAAAGACAGGGUUGCCGACGCCUACUCUGAUGUGAUGGUCUCCUACACCAUGACAAGCUCCUUGUACUUCAUCGCCUUUGGCAUGGGUGCUAGUCCUUUCACCAACAUUGAGGCUGUGAAAGUCUUCUGCCAGAAUAUGUGUAUCUCCAUCCUGUUGAACUACUUCUACAUCUUCUCCUUCUUUGGUUCCUGCCUGGUCUUUGCUGGACAGUUGGAGCAGAAUCGGUACCACAGCAUCUUCUGCUGUAAAAUCCCCUCAGCAGAAUACCUGGAAAGGAAGCCUAUUUGGUUCCAAACCAUGAUGAGUGAUGGCUACCACCACUCUUCUCACCACGAAACUGAUCCGUACCAAAACCACUUUAUUCAACAUUUCCUGCGGGAGCAUUAUAAUGAAUGGAUUACUAAUAUCUAUGUUAAGCCCUUUGUGGUGAUACUGUAUCUCAUUUAUGCUUCCUUUUCCUUUAUGGGCUGCUUGCAGAUCAGCGAUGGAGCCAAUAUUAUCAAUCUUCUCUCCAGCAAUUCUCCAAGUGUCUCCUAUGCUGUCGUUCAACAGAAGUACUUUAGCAACUACAGCCCAGUGAUAGGGUUCUAUAUCUACGAGCCCCUUGAGUACUGGAACGGCACCGUCCAAGAUGACUUAAAGAAGCUGACUGAAGGUUUCAACACCCUGUCCUGGAUUCAACAGUAUUACCAAUAUCUGAAAGCUGGGAAUAUUAGUGCCACCAACAAAAGCUAUUUCCAUAGCAUCCUGCAAAGCUCCUUUUUAAGAAAGCCAGAAUUCCAGCACUUCAAAAAUGAUAUCAUUUUUUCCAAGGCUGGAAAUGUUAAUAGCAUAAUUGCAUCCCGCAUGUACCUUGUGGCUAGGACUAGUGAAAAAACACAGAGAGAUGUUAUCGAGUUACUGGAGAAGCUGAGACCCCUGUCUCUGAAGCAGAGCAUCAAGUUCAUUGUGUUCAACCCCACCUUUGUCUUCAUGGACCAAUACAGCCUCUCUGUAACCAUGCCGGUCUUGAUUUCAAGCUUUGGCAUCUUACUGGUGUUGCUGCUUACCUUCUUCCUGGUGAUCCAUCCUCUAGGGAACUUCUGGUUAAUUCUCACUGUCACCUCAAUAGAGUUGGGUGUUCUUGGCUUGAUGACUUUGUGGAACGUUGACAUGGAUUGCAUUUCCACACUGUGCCUUAUUUACACUUUGAAUUUUUCCAUAGAUCACUGUGCACCCCUGCUUUACACAUUUGUACUAGCAACUGAGCACACCCGAACUCAGUGUAUCAAAAGCUCCCUCCAAGAACACGGAACAGCAAUUUUGCAAAACGUUACUUCUUUUCUUAUUGGGUUGGUCCCCCUCCUUUUCGUGCCUUCAAACUUGACCUUCACACUGUUCAAAUGCUUGCUGCUCACUGGCAGUUGCACACUUCUGCACUGUUUUGUAAUCUUACCUGUCUUCCUAACAUUUUUCCCACCCUCCAAAAAGCACCACAAGAAAAAGAAACGAGCCAAACGAAAGGAGCGGGAAGAGAUUGAGUGCAUAGAAGUUCAAGAAAAUCCUGAUCACGUGACAGCAGUCUGAGUCACGCAGAACUAUAUGGUUUUUAAUUGCGAAAAGAAAUGCUACACUGAGCUGGAGGGAGAGCAAAGAGCUCCGCUGCUUGCGCUGGCCCACACGAAACAAGGCUAAGGAAGCCCAAAAAGGAGUAUUUGUGGCACAUGGAGGUGAAAGUGUUGUUAAAUAAUAACCAGAGGUGUCCCCCUUUUAAUGGUAGAGGAGGAAAACAAGCC